AUGACUCGAGUCAAGCUGGAAAAACCAGAAGAAAAGCCAAAGGCUUUCACCAUCAAGUAUAAAAGACCUCGUGGUUCCAGAGCAUGUUUGGUAUGUCGUCUGAGAAAAGUAAGGUGUGAUGCAGAAAUGCAUAUGCCUUGUACAAAUUGCAUCACAUUUGGCUGCGAAUGCACUCUUCCUCAGGCACGUAAGCGAGGAGCUGCGGGAGGUUCUGAUCCUCGUGCCAAAAGACGCACGGAAGAUGAUCAUUAUGGCACACCUUCAACUCCGGGAAAUACAAAUCUGGCCGAUUCUGGGGUACCUUUUUCCAACCUUCCCCAUGCUGGUUCUACGGUUCCAGCUACUUCUGGCGGAUCCCAAGGCUCUAGUACGGUAGCAGAACCCGUUCUCAACAUCUCACAAGUUUCUGUGCCUCCAUCGCUUACUUCUUCCUAUAAAACGAGACCGCUGAUCCACAAAAAAGAGCUCUUAUCGUCGCGUGCUCGAGCGUCGCUCACGUUUUUGGGGCUGUCUUCCAUCGGACCUGUUGCCAAGAAGGUGGGCGAAAACCACGUCCAGCUCACGGCAGACUUGUUCGAUAUUAGAGACGAAUCGGUGGAUUCGGUGGAACUCGAAAUUUUGAAGCUUCGCGGGGCGUUUUUUCUCCCGUCCAAAGAACUCAGUAUCGAUAUCAUCAACUCGUACUUCGAGCACGUCCAUCCCCUCAUGCCUGUGAUCAACAGAACCGAGUUUAUGCGCAAGUUUAUGGACCCCAACGACUCGCCGCUGCUUAUGCUUCUCCAGGCAGUUUUGCUCUGUGGCUGCCGAGUGUCACAAAACCCGCUUUUAUUCGACUCAAACGGCUCCAAUAACUUGGCUUGUCUCACAUUCUUCCGCCGUGCCAAAGCGUUGUACGAAACAAACUACGAAAGUGACCCGGUUUCCCUAAUCCAAACCAUCAUUUUGAUCGGCCUGUACUGGGAAGGUCCCGAAGAUGUCACGAAAAACUCGUUUUACUGGACAAGAGUCGCCGUGGGACUCGCCCAUGGGUUCGGGCUUCAAAGAGACAUUUCGUCGUCCACGUCGCUUUCAAACGUGGAAAAAAAAAUCUGGCGCAGAAUCUGGUGGUGUCUAUUCGAAAAGGACCGUAACGUUGCCAUAGCGUUUGGCCGGCCCUCGGUGAUAGACCUCAACGAUUGUGACGUUCCUAUGCUUACGAUUGAUGACUUUAACGAAGACGAACCAGGAAACCCUUCGCCAUAUCCUGUCAAUGUGACGCAGGCGCUUUACUUUAUCCAUCUCGUGAAACUCGCGGAAAUCACUGGGAUUAUCGUGAAACACCAGUACUCGGUCAAAGCCGAGCUGAACAAGAAAAACAAACUGCCAAUCAUCCAGCACUGUGAUAUGUUAAUGGGUAUCUGGUUCACCAAUCUUCCUCGCGAACUCGAAUUUUCCCUCAAUGACACUUCCACCCAACAUUUCUACAGCUGCCUUCUUAACGCCCAAUACUAUAACCGGUUGUACCUCAUCCACCGCUCCAAUCUUCUCAGAAUGGCAAGACUGAACUCCACCAAUCCUUCCAACUACAAGUAUCCGUCAUGGGGAAUUUCCUUCCAGGCUGCUCGGAUGAUCUCCAUCAUUUCCAAGAUCCUUCUAGACAAGCAGCAGAUUUGCUACAGUCCUGUGAUGUUCGUGUACAUUUUGUUUCUGGCGAUUAUGAUGUUGAUAUAUCAUGUUGACCUGCCCAAUCACUUGAUUUCCAGUGCUGCUUCCGACUCUCUUUUCGUUCUGAGAGCAGUGUUGAAGGAGCUCUCCAAGUACUGGCCCAUUGCUGGCGUGUUGCUGAAGCUUUUCGAAAAAUAUGCCAAUGACAAAAUCAAGCGGGCGCACGUUAUUGAGGUGGGCUCAAAGAUGGCAGAAUACGAGGAAAUGUCGGCGGAAAACAGACAAAAAACCUACUACGAAUAUGACAAUGAUGGCGACCAGAGAGCUUCGGGCGAGAAUAACCACCACGAGCCACUGAACAAUGUUGAAAGUACAGAUAACUACAGUCCCAAUUCGGCGGUUUCUCCUACAGCGCGGCCAAUGGGCGAGCAGCCGUUGGACCAGCUUGUGCACCAGUUGAAGCAAUCGCUGGGAAAGAAGUCCAGCUCGGAACAAUCUCCCACUUCGUCAACACAGUCUUUCCCAGACAUUUCGUUGGUGACGGAAAAUCUUCCUGCGAAUCAAACAUUUUUCGAUAACUUUGAACCUACCCAAUUGUUCCCCGAUAUCAAGCCCAGUCUUCCUCCCAGCCGUGCCCAGUCGCCGCCAACCAUGAAGGAGGAAGCUGAUAUGUACGCAGACACUCCUGGGGUGACGCCCGGUGCACUCAACACAAACUUCGUUGACAGUUCGUUCAUCAAUAUGAACCUUCAAUCCACGGCAGACAAAAACUUUUUGACCGAUGAUAUUGGCCUGUUGUUCAACUUUAAUGACUGA